AAAAAGGUCCUCGCUCCGGCGAGUCAAUCACAACAAUUAGCGUUCGUCGUCCCACGGGAGAAUAUAAAGGCAUUGUCGGAACCGUAAAAAAAAAAAAAAAAUGCAGCGAGCGAUUGUUUGGAUCCGAACAAAAGCAUGUGACAGCAUUCAAUUUCGGUGCCUUGGAGAUGUCGCGUCAGACGUCGUCGCGCUCAGUUUUUGGAUUGACACCAGUCGACAGUCUCCACGGCAAUGUAACACGAAUUAACAACCAAGGUUGUGGCUUUGUAAGACUUUGAGAACAAAAUAUAUUUGGUCUGAUAGUGGUGCGGGUUCAAUUGUGGUCAUAAAGAAAAGCUCUUAGCGCACAUAAUCUUCUGAACGAAGGCUGUCACAGCUCGUUUCGUGAAGUCGACGUUUCGUGUCGGAAAGUCAAUCUAUGGCGAGACCGGAAGAGUAUUAGCACUCGCCGUUGUGCUGCGAUAAAGGUUCACGUUCGCUGUAUUUACAUGGAAAUAAUUUAAGACGUGUCGUCAACGCUCGACCGGAUUGAAAACAUCCCGCCGGUGUGCCACGGGAGGCUCCGCCCACCAGCAAACACACAGGAAUGGCAGAGCAGCCUGGCAGAGAUCAUGAGCAUGUCACAGAGUUCCUCGGGGUCCGCUGAGGAUAAUUGGCCAUCAACGCGCCGUCCGUUUCGAAGCCGUCGGACCAUCUGGAACGCUUCAAAAAAUGCCCGGAGUGCCUCGGCGUUCACGUGCCAAUCAACCGCAAGAAUGAUACGAAAAUCGGACAUGUGGCAGGGGGUCUUCCUGCAUGGCUCUAUGUAGGACAGAUGCGGCAUUGUUGCUUCCGGCAGAGCCCUUGGAUGCUGCAUGCAAGGUCACGGCGUUCGCAGCGGCGCCCCUCCCAAGAUGGCCGCCACGUACGCACGUCGGUUAGCCUAGCCGCUACAUCACCAGCUGGUCUUCAUUUCAUUGGGUGGAAAUGUUUGCUGGGUCAGGAUAAGCACAUGGGCAGCAGGAUAUACAUGAUGGCAUGUGGGAUUUAACCUCCUCCACGAAUAGAAUCGUCCGCGCCUUGACGUCAGCGGCUCAGUUGGGAAAUUCCAUAAUGUAAAAAGGAGCCUCGUUUAUUUUUAUUUUUUGGACCAUGACCUCUCCUGGAUGUACUGGGACAGCUUUUCUCAUCAUUGGGAUUUAAAGUUUUGCCUUGGAGGAGGUCGGCAGCGGUGGCGGCUGCGAGGAAGUUCCGGUCUUGGAGCGCUGGGAUAAUCUUACAAGACACCGCCAUGAGGAUACCCGGCACGGGCGGGCUCUGCCCCGUCUUGGUCUGCCUCUGCUUCAUCCAGAGGGCCCACGGGGCGAGCCACCACCUGCCCGCCAGGGUGCUGGCCCGGAAUUCCGGCAGGAACCAGAGCAAGCUGGCCAAUGGGGAGACGGAGGUGCACCACAGGCCCAAACGAGGCUGGAUCUGGAACCAAUUCUUUGUUUUAGAAGAACACAUGGGGACAGAGGAGCAGUACGUGGGAAAGCUUCACUCCAACUCGGACAAAGGCGACGGAACGGUGCGCUACAUUCUGAGCGGCGAGGGCGCCGGGACCAUCUUUCUGAUCAACGAGGUCACGGGGGAUAUCCAUGCCACCAGGAGCCUCGACCGGGAGAAGAAGUCGCACUACGUGCUGCACGCGCAGGCCUUGGACCGCCACACGGAGGAGGCGCUGGAACCAAAGUCGGAAUUCAUCAUCAAAGUCCAGGACAUCAACGACAACGCGCCGCAGUUUCCCGACGGACCCUUUGUCGCCACCGUCCCGGAAAUGUCUGACGUGGGUACAUCGGUGCUGCAAAUCACGGCCACCGACGCCGACGACCCCACGUACGGAAACAGCGCCCGCAUCGUCUAUAGCAUCCUACAAGGACAGCCAUAUUUCUCCGUGGACCCCAAAACAGGGACCAUCAGAACUGCCUUAGCGAACAUGGACCGGGAAGCCCGGGAACAUUACAUCGUGGUCAUCCAAGCCAAAGACAUGGCAGGCCAAGUCGGGGGCCUCUCCGGAUCCACCGUCAUCAACGUCACGUUGACAGACGUCAACGACAACCCGCCAAAGUUCCCGCAAAAAAAUUACCAGCAGUACGUCCCGGAGUCUGCUCAAGUCGGGAAACCGGUGGGGAAGAUUAAAGCCAACGACGAGGACUUGGGCGUCAACGCGGACAUCAAGUACAGCAUCAUUAACUCGGAAGGGGCCAACAUGUUUUCGAUAGCCACCGACAAGGACACCAAAGAGGGAAUCAUCACCCUCAGAAAGCCUCUAAACUAUGAGAGGAAGAAGACGUACACACUCCACAUCGAGGGCACCAACACGCACUCGGAUCCUCGUUUUUCCUACCUGGGCUCCUUUAAGGACACGGCCACGCUAAAAAUCACCGUUGGCGACGUGGACGAAGCACCUGUCUUCUCUUUGGAUUAUUAUAUCAUGGACGUGUACGAGAACUCGCCCGGCGGCACGGAAGUGGGCGCCGUCACGGCUCGCGACCCUGACAGCAGGAACAGCCCCGUCAGGUACUACAUGGACAAAAAGGAGUCGGACCAUAUCUACUUUCGCAUCGACGAGAUCAGCGGCGUUAUCAGGACGACGCAGCCGCUGGACCGCGAGGACACUGCCUGGCAUAACAUCACCGUGAUGGCCUCGGAGGUUGACAACCCCGGCCUCCUCAGUUACAUCCCGGUCACCGUGCAGGUGCUGGACGUCAAUGACAACGCGCCGCAAGUGGCCGCCGCCGACGAGGAGGUCAUCGUGUGCGAGAGCACGAGGGCUGGACAGCCCAUCCAGACGAUCAGCGCCGUGGACAAGGACGACUUUGCCAACGGACAGCGCUUCUCCUUCGCCCUGCCGAGCCAGAUGCCGGUUAAUCCCAACUUCACCCUGAAGGACAACGAAGACAGCACGGCGAGCAUCGUGGCCCGGCGGCGGCGCUUCACCCACCUGACGCAGGAGCUGUACCAGCUGCCCGUGGUGGUGUGGGACAGCGGCGAGCCGUCCUUGAGCGGCACGAGCACACUGACGCUGCACGUGUGCCCGUGCCAGCGCCACGGCAAGAUCCGCAUGUGCCAAGGCGAAGCCUUCCUGUCCUCGGCGGGCCUCAGCACCGGAGCGCUCAUCGCCAUCCUGUUGUGCAUCGUCAUCCUGUUGGCCAUCGUGGUUCUGUUCGUGACGCUGAAGCGCAGCAAAAAGGAGCCGCUCAUCAUCUCGGAGGAGGACAUCCGCGAAAACGUGGUCACCUACGACGACGAGGGCGGCGGCGAGGAAGACACCGAGGCCUUCGAUAUCAUCGCCCUCCGCAACCCGGCCGCCGCCGAGGAGCUCAAGUUCCGGCGGGACGUACGCCCGGAGGCCAGGCGCAUGUGCGGCGGUGGACCCCGCGGCCACCGAAGCCCCUCGCUGCAACUGGACGAGGUGGACGUGCACGAGUUCAUCAAGCAGAGACUGGUCGAGGCCAACAUGGACACCAGCGGGCCUCCGUACGACUCGCUGCAGACCUACGCCUACGAGGGCCAGGGUUCGCCCACGGGCUCCAUCAGUCCUUUGGACUCUCCGGGGACGGGAGCGCAGUCUGAGAAAGACUAUCACUACCUGGACGACUGGGGGCCUCAGUUCCAGAAACUGGCAGAACUCUACGCCGAGGCCGAAAUGAAUAUGAAGACUUAAGUGUGCCACUUUGCCCCUUCUCAGCCAAAACCAGAAUGAAAAUCUUUUGGAAUCUUUGCUGACAAAAUGAAGAUCCAUUGUCCAGUGGUUUUUACCCUCCGAACUGAGAAUUUGUUUGUUUUUUUUUGAUCCUGGCUCCUUGGUGUGGAACUACUUACAAGGAUAAGAUUUUCAGAAGAACGAACAACGCUAUGGGGAAAAAUGAAAGGGAUAUUUUCCUUGUGUAUAUUUUUUAUUGCUCAAUAAAGAUGCGAUAUCCAUGUGGGUGGAUAUUACGUGAGAAAGUGCA